AUGCGAGCCGCAACAAUUGCCUGCGCCCUCGCUUCGGCGACCCUGUCCCUGUGCUCCGAGCAGCAGGCCCCUCUAUUCGGCUCGCCCAAGCAAGCUCCCGCCGCCAGUGAUGCCGACGCGCCGUCGUACCGAUCGGAGCUGCUGAAGCUGCACAAGGCUCUCGUCUCGACCGAGUCCAUCUCCGGGGCGGAACACGACGUCGGCGAAGUUCUUUCUCAGUACCUCGCCGACCUGGGCUACAUCACCCAGGUCCAGCCCGUCCCCCCGCGCGACGAUACCCCCGCCAAUAAGGACCGCUUCAACGUGCUGGCCUGGCGAGCUGGCAUCGAUCAUGAUCCGACCGUCUUGCUGUCAAGCCACAUUGAUGUCGUCCCGCCACACAUCCCGUACGGCAUCGACGACGGCGAGGUCACCAAGCAUACCAUGAUCAGGGGCCGAGGCAGUGUGGACGCCAAAGGCAGCGUCGCAGCUAUGAUUAUUGCGCUGGACGAGCUGCUCAAGGAAAAAAAGGUGGACCCCAGCAAGCUCAUGAUGCUCUUCGUCGUUGGAGAAGAAGUUAGUGGCGACGGCAUGAACCAAUUUAGCAACGCUGUCGCCAACAAGGAGCUCCCCUACCAUUUCGAGUCCGUCAUCUUCGGUGAGCCGACCGAGAACAAACUUGCGUGCGGCCACAAGGGCGCCCUCUUCUGCGACAUCAACGCCAAGGGCUUCCCCGGCCACAGCGGCUACCCGUGGCUGGGCAAGUCGGCCAACGAGCUGAUGAUCCGCGCCUUUGCCAAGGUUUUCGAAACCGACCUGGGCAGCAGCGAGUUGUUCGGAAAGACCACCGUCAACGUCGGUCGCUUCAACGGCGGAGUGGCAGCCAAUGUCAUCCCCGCGUUCGCAAACGUUGGAAUGGGCGUGCGAGUCGCCAUUGGCCCCGAGGAGUCGGGAGCUUCGAUUGUGCAAGAGAAAAUUGAGAAAAUCUUCCACGACAUCAGCGAGGAUGCGUUUGACCUCCAAUGUACCCCUGGAUACGGGUCCGUCGAGUGCAACUGCGAUGUCGAUGACUUCGACACCAUUGUCGUCAACUACGGCACUGACAUCCCCAACUUCAAGGGCGACCACACCAGAUAUCUUUACGGGCCCGGAAGCAUUCUGGUUGCACACGGCGCGAAUGAAAACUUGACCGUUGCUGAUCUAGAGACGGCUGUAGAGGGAUAUCAGAAGCUGAUCCUCCAUGCGUUGAAGCAAUAA